UUUUUUUUCUCCUUCUCCCUGACUCUGCCUGACUUGUAAAGUAACAUUCUCUUCAGAGUCAAUUUUCAGAGACCUGCGCACACUGUGCAUUAACCUCCAGAAUGGCACAAGGCAAGCCGUCCGCCAUACAAUAUGAGAUAGACCUCCACCAACUGCCUAUCGUUCAAAGCCUCCCCACCUCGCUAGAAGACAACCAAGAAUGCAUCAUCUGCCUCGAAGACCUCGAUUCCAUCAAAUCGUACCGCCAAUUACCCUGCCAGCACUUCUUCCAUCAAACAUGCAUCGACGACUGGCUGAAGCGGCCAAACCCAAGCUGUCCAAUCUGCCGACGCACAUUCGAGCACCUGCGCCGACCCUGCAAGACCUCCACAAGCCAUGUUCCCGUUGUCGUCCAUAGUAGCUGGGCGACCGUCACUCCUCUACCGCGAUACCUGCUGGUCGUGGGACCCAGCCCCGGAGCACCCCAACCUCCAGUCCCGGCCGUCAGUACGGAGCCACGCGAGCCCCCGCGACAGUCGGUCCGGGCGUGGUGCAAGAGAAAAUUAAAGGUUGGACGUGUUGCUUGAGCGGUGCUGCUGAGCUUGCUGCGGCUGGGGCAGCCUUUAUGGCUUUUCUUUUUACUCUUAACGACAUGGCGUUCGGGGGAUCAUGAUUACGAUGAUGAUCGCUUUUGCUGCUCGGAAUGAUGUGUUGAUCUGCAUUCUUUUGAUUCCCUGUUUUCAACCCGUUAGAUUCCCACUUCUGUUCAAUCCUACUUUGAUGAAUCUUAAAGUCGCAUAUCCAGCCACUAAAUCAC